AUUUAUGCUCUAUUACUGAAGAACAUGUUAGAAAUACGCCAGUUAGAAGCAACAUUACUACACUGGGUAUAUUUCUGUUUAAACUUAAGUCUGUAUUGUCAAACAAAAUUCUUUCAACACUUUUUAAUGUAUCUAAAUCAAGCAUAAGAAGAGCAGUACAUACAAUCAGAAAAGUGCUUGUUUCUGAACUUGUUCCUAAAUAUCUUGGCUUCCAGCACAUAUCAAGAGAAGAAAUUAUAAAAAGCCAUACUCGUUCCCUAUCACAGUCACUACUUGCAGAAAAUGCCAGCCAAGCUAUAAUUGUAUUAGACGGAACAUACAUAUAUAUUAGAAAAAGUACAAACUUCAAAUUCCAAAGAUGUUCUUAUAGUGUACAUAAAGGGCGGCCACUUGUUAAACCUAUGGUAAUAGUCAGCACUACUGGAUACUUUAUUUCUGUAUUAGGACCAUAUCUUGCAGAUUCUAAAAAUAGUGAUUUAGGAAUUUUAAACCAUGCAGUAAGGAAUAACAUAGAGGAAAUCAAAAAUUGGGCUCAGCCAAAUGAUAUAUUUGUUGUUGACCGUGGAUUUCGUGACUCCCUGCAAGUGCUUGAGGAGAUGGGAAUAAAAGCACAAAUGCCAAAGUUCAUGCCGAAGGGUGCCAAACAAUUAACAACCAUGGACGCUAACCACAGUCGGUUCGUAACAAAGGUCAGAUGGGUAGUUGAAGCAUCAAAUGCUCGAAUAAAGAGAUGGAAGUAUCUUGACCAUGUAUUGCCUACCAAUCAAGUUCCGUUCAUUGGUGAUUAUGUCCGCAUAAUUUGUGCCACAUGUAACAAAUACCUUUCACCUCUAAAUGCAACCAAAGAUUUGAUGGAUGACACACUUGUAGCAGAGAGAAUGAGAGAUAAAAUCCAGAAUGUUAACCAUUUACAAUCAUAUGUUCAAGAAAAUGAACUAUAUAAGCGAAAUAUUUUCAAAAUGGCAAGCAGUGCAAGAAAUUGA